ACACGCAGCCGGGGCUCGCGGCUCAACAUCAUCAUCAUCGCCGAGGGCGCCAUUGACCGCAGCGGCAAACCCAUCUCCUCCAACUACGUGAAGGACCUGGUGGUGCAGCGCCUGGGCUUCGACACGCGAGUCACCGUCCUGGGCCACGUGCAGCGCGGAGGGACCCCGUCCGCCUUCGACCGCGUGCUGAGCAGCAAGAUGGGGAUGGAGGCGGUGAUGGCGCUGCUGGAGGCCACACCAGACACCCCAGCCUGCGUGGUCAGCCACUCUGGGAACCAGUCGGUGCGGCUGCCACUCAUGGAGUGUGUCCAGGUGACAAAGGAUGUGCAGAAGGCCAUGGAUGAGAAGAGGUUUGACGAGGCCAUCCAGCUCCGUGGAAGGAGCUUUGAGAACAACUGGAACAUCUACAAGCUUCUGGCUCACCAGAAGCCGGCUCAGGAGAAGAGCCCCUUUAGCAUGGCCAUUCUGAACGUGGGAGCGCCGGCCGCCGGCAUGAACGCUGCGGUGCGCUCGGCCGUGCGCAUCGGCAUCUGCCAGGGACACACCAUCUAUGUGGUCAAUGACGGCUUCGAGGGCCUGGCCAAGGGGCAGGUCCGCGAGGUGGGCUGGCAUGACGUGGCAGGAUGGCUGGGCCGUGGUGGCUCCAUGCUGGGCACCAAGCGGACGCUGCCUAAGACCUGCAUGGAGAAGAUCGUGGAGAACGUGCGCAAAUUCAACAUCCAGGGGCUGCUGGUCAUUGGGGGCUUUGAGGCGUACGAGGGGGUGCUGCAGCUGGUGGAGGCACGCGGGCAGUAUGAGGAGCUCUGCAUCGUCAUGUGCGUCAUCCCCGCCACCAUCAGCAACAACGUGCCCGGCACCGACUUCAGCCUGGGCUCCGACACGGCUGUCAACGCCGCCAUGGAGAGCUGUGACCGCAUCAAGCAGUCGGCCUCGGGCACCAAGCGCCGCGUGUUCAUUGUGGAGACCAUGGGGGGCUACUGUGGGUACCUGUCCACGGUCACCGGCAUCGCCGUGGGCGCCGACGCCGCCUACGUCUAUGAGGAUCCCUUCACAAUCCACGACUUAAAGGCCAACGUGGAGCACUUGACUGACAAAAUGAAGACGGAUAUCCAGAGAGGGCUGGUGCUGCGCAAUGAGAAGUGUCACGAGCACUACACCACCGAGUUCCUCUACAACCUUUACUCCUCCGAGGGCAAAGGCAUCUUUGACUGCAGGAUCAAUGUCCUGGGCCACCUCCAGCAGGGGGGAGCCCCGACCCCCUUUGACCGGAACUAUGGGACCAAGCUGGGAGUGAAGGCGGUGCUGUGGAUGUCAGAGAAGCUGCAGCAAGUCUACAGCAAGGGACGUGUGUUUGCCAACUCUGGAGACACUGCCUGUGUGAUCGGGCUGCGGAAGAAGGUGGUGGCCUUCAGCCCUGUGACAGAGCUCAAGAAAGUCACGGAUUUUGAGCACAGGCUGCCCCAGGAGCAGUGGUGGCUGAACCUACGGCUGAUGCUGAAGAUGCUCGCCAACUACCAGAUCAGCCUCACCGAGUACAUCUCAGGCCAGAUGGAGCACGUCACCCGGCGCACCCUCAGCAUCGAGAAGGGCUUCUAGUCCCACCAGCCUGGCCCACAGCCCCCGCCAUGUCCUCUCUGUGCCCACAUGCUGCUGGGGGAGCACUGUGUCCCCUCUGUUCUCAGUAGCCCUGUAGCUUUGCCAUCGACCCCUUACAGCAGGCAGAGCCUGGUGCUGUGUCCCAGAACAGCACAAUCACUGCUGCGGGUUCUGGUCCCUGUGCAGAUGCAGAAGAGUUGCUUGAGCCAGCAGUGCAGCCCAGACCCUUAAUCUUCCCUUAAUAGUUUAUUAUUAUUUAAUCUUGGGGUAUUUUGAGUCCUUAUUUAGCGGCUUGACCGCCUGAGCCAGCUGCUGCUGCUUGUAGUCGCCUGCCCCACGUGCGGGAUGGGAGCGAGGAGGAUGCAGAGCCAUUCCAGAGUGGGUUGGAGCGGUUCCGUGGAGCUUCUGGGUGUCCCUGUGGAGCUCCAUCCCCCGUGGGGGUCUCGAGGGCUGAGCACGGGGGUCCUGGCGAGCCCCUGUCCCCUUGCAUGACGCUUGGCUGCGACCGUCACCGCGUGGCUGUGGGCGCCGUGUCCAUCACCUCACCCUGGAUCCUGCACCGCCCGCAGCACUGCUCCUCUCCUCUAGAGAUAAAACCUGCUGGAGCCAAA